GACCGGCCGCUGCCGCUGUUUCCCUACGCGAAGAUCAACACCAUCUGCAUACCGGCGCCGGAUGAGCCGGUCCCCCUUCCGGUGGCCACCACCUCGGGCUGGGGCCAGACGGUGGAGAAGGGCAAGCAGUCCUUCUACCUGAAGGCGGUCAACGUGUCCGUCGUCUCCGACAGCCAAUGCCUGGACGCCUACGGAGCGAAAAGCUACAACCCGAAGCUGAUGCUCUGCGCCGGGGACGAGGGCCGGGACAGCUGUCAGGGUGACUCGGGUGGGCCGGCUUUCAUGCGCGAUCCGGCCAUUGAUCGGGUGGUGCAGUUCGGCAUUACCAGCUUCGGCUAUGGCUGUGCGCGAAAGGGCUACCCGGGCAUCUACACCAAGGUCGCUAACUACGUGCCGUGGAUUCAGGGGGUUCUUCAGGGCAAUGCUGAUAUCUGA